UGCAUUUAACGCCCCGACCCGUUAACAUGCGUGAGUCCUCACAUCCACUCAUACUAAAUCUCAUCCUUAUUAGACGUCCGGCGAAUUAUCAGAAAAGUUCGGUAGAUUUGAUAUAUUGAUAUUGCAAAUACGACCCGACUGUUCCCUAUAUUUUGUCCUCACUCUACUGUAUCGAGAAUGACCAACUUUCACCAGCUUUCCGAUAGACCAAUUUUCAUCAGCUUUCCGAUAGGUCAUCUAUCCGUCGAUUGUUCCAGUUCGAACAUGUUUAACUCUAGAGUUUUCUCUAAAUGAUUAACCAAAAAAGAUUCAUCUUACCAUUGUCUCAAUCGAACAUGCAUUUCUUCUAAAUAAUGGAAAGGGUACGAGGACCGUUACCGCCUCAUAUGGUGCUCAGAGCUGACAGGCGCUCUGAGAGAUACUUCAGGCGAGGUGCAAAGUUAGAUUGGCCUGAAGGUGUGACAUCAAGAGACAGCUUAAAAGCAGUAUGGAAAUUUCCGAGGUUACCGCAUGUGGAUCACUCAGCAAAAGACGAUCUGAUAGAUUUAUUACAAGGGCUGCUUGAAUAUGAUCCACCGGUGAGGCUCAAGGCAAGAGAAGUAUUGAGCCAUCCAUUCUUCACAAGAAGCCUGGAACAAAGUAUUCCCUUUAACCCAAUCCCCUCAUCCAUUUUUAUAUAACCACAAAAACUAAAAAGAAGAAACAGCAGAUGAAUGUUUGGAUCAGAUCUGCAAUUUCUGGUUUUCUUCACUUGUCUUGAAAAAAGAGAGAGAGUGGUGUACAUGAUUUUUAUGUCUAUUUAGUUGCCUUAUAUAAAGAUCAUUAAAAAAACAGAGUGGUGUACAGACUUUCUAUCUAUUACAUGUUAAAUUGUUUUAAA